UGGAAGGGAGGGAUGCAUUAUUUUGUGUCUGUCUGAACAUGAAAAGAGUGAAGGGUUGCAUUAAAAAUGGAAGAACUACCUGACAAUCUAUGAUGCUAAUUCCACCCAUUUUCGUUAAGGACGGAAUUGUGGGUCAAAGUUAUCAAGGAAUGGGAAUUAAAUACAAAUUCUGUCUGGGUGAUUAUUUCGGUGAAAAGGACAUUAAUUCACCUUGAGAGUGAGAGAGAGAAACAAAGAGAUUCCAUUUUAAUCUGAGGCUAUACCUCUAGGUGCUAUUUCACUAGACUUUUCACUGUAAUACAUUCUGUAAUCAUGUGUUUGAUCAAGAAAGAAUGGACAUCUUCCAGCUUCUAAGCCAAAUGAUUCAAUAUCGGCUGGCCCAAAAGGCUAGUUGUUAAGCCAAUGCCAUAAGUGCGGACCGGAUGAUUUAGUAAAGGAACAUCCGUCUCACUCGGUCACAUGAAGAUCGAUAUACGACAAGUAAAGUAAGGCAGUCUAGAGUUGAUCAUGAGCUCGAAAACCCCUGCAAUAGGACUUUCCUCAUACCUCCAGAGACAAGAAGAGCAGAGAGAAAAAAACAGAACAGGGAUGGAGCUUUCUCAUCUUAGUUUUCUGGAGGAACUACUAGCUCCAAGAAAAGACACUUCUUGUUGGAAUGCUUUGUCCACUGAGUUGAACGAGCCACUCCCUAGUGCUUGGAGCUUUGACUCAUUUGAUGAGAAUCAAGCUUUAGCUUCUCUAUAUCCUCCAUUUGCUGCAUUUUCAACACCAUUAGACCAGAGAUUUGAAUGUCCUUAUGGCAGUGAUGCAGCUGCAGCAUACCCAUUUGUUGAUGGUUUCACAAUGCCAGAGCUUGAUUCAUCAUACACCAGGAAAGAGGAGUCAUCAGCACCACCUCCACUUUUGCCUCAAGAAGAUAACCAGAGUUUGGAUGAAGAGUUUGGGUUUCUGGGCAGUGAUAAUAACCAGGGUUUGGAGCAGAUAAAAGAUAGCUGCAAAAUCGAGGAACAGGUUUCAGAGGUUCCAAUGGUGUUCAACAUGGGUAUGUGUGGAGAGAAAAAGGCUAAAUCCAAAAAGCUAGAAGGACAGCCUUCUAAGAAUCUCAUGGCAGAGAGGAGGAGGAGAAAGCGUCUCAAUGACCGGCUUUCCAUGCUAAGGUCAAUAGUUCCUAAGAUCAGCAAGAUGGACAGGACCUCCAUUCUUGGAGACACCAUUGAUUACAUGAAAGAGCUUCUUGAAAGGAUUGGUAACCUGCAAGAAGAAGAAACGGAGGAGGGAAAGAAUCAGAUAGACCUCUUGGGAAUUUCUAAGGAGCAAAAGCCAAAUGAAGCAAUGGUAAGAAAUUCUCCCAAGUUUGAUGUUGAAAGAAAAGACCAAGACACGAGGAUCAGCAUCUGCUGUGCCACAAAGCCAGGGUUAUUACUGUCAACAGUGAACACUUUAGAAGCAUUAGGCCUUGAGAUUCACCAAUGUGUGAUAAGCAGCUUCAGUGAUUUUUCAUUGCAAGCAUCUUGCUCAGAGGCUGCUGGGCAGAGGAAUUGUAUGAGCCCUGAAGAGAUAAAGCAAGCACUGUUCAGAAAUGCAGGCUAUGGUGGGAGAUGUGUCUAGGAGGAAGAUGGAAAAGAGGGUGUAACAAUUUGCAUAUGUUGAAAAAGAAGCAAGUUUUCCCCUCUUGUGUAAUUCAAGGAAUUAGGAUGUUAAAGAUCUUAUGAUGUUCCAAAUAAGAUGGCUUUUAUUGAUGCUUUCA